AUGGAUUUCUCGAUACCCUCGGGGCUAUCGGCAGUUACCAUUGGCAGGCUUCAGCAGCUAAUACAAGAGUAUCGGGAUGGAGAUUUGACUGCUAAGGGCUAUUACAAAAAGAGACAUGAAUUGUUAAAUAUACCAAGGGUUGCAACAACGACGGCUGGUUCACCACCCCCUAUUACACAGUCGCGUUCCAUACAUGGUCGCAGUCACAGCUUGGCCUCCAACGUCAGAUCCCAACGUUCUCAAAACACACCCAAAAUGGAUAACUAUUCGGUGGAUACUUCAUCAACGCCAAGCUCGCGGCACAAUUCCAUGUCGAUGUACAGAGUUACAACCCGUAAUUCUAGCGGGUUGAAUGGGAGAGCAAGCUCUAUAGCUUCUCCGGGUAAAAGAGGCGAAGAAGACCCUUCUUUGCCAGUUUACACCCCCAUGAUCCCGCUAUUGCCCCGAUCAGAAAGCGCGCCUAUGUGGGAUUCGUUGCCCGCCAUCCUGAGGGCUCGAUCUCAGCUUUACGAACGUGAGACAGCCUUUAUUUGUAUCAACCAAAGAAAUAAAGAAACGACCAUCUCGUGGGACAAGUUGUAUUUGCGAGCGGAACGUGUAGCUCACGAACUUUCGAAGCAUAGACUUUAUAAAAUGGCCAAAGUUCUCUUAUGGUUCAAUAAGGACGAUCUCAUUGAAUUCAGUGUGUCGCUCAUGGGCUGUUUUAUAGCGGGAAUGGUUGCAGUGCCUGUCUCCCUACAAACUUAUUCCUUAAGCGAAAUAACUCAAAUUAUCAGCCUGACAAGUGCAACAGUGGCACUAAUAUCGGAAGAUUGCCUCAAGCAGAUUGAUAACUUAGAAUACCGUGACAGUACAAAAGUGAAGCUCACUAAGGGUGGCUUUCUAGCCCAAAUGACUUUCAUCACAACAGAAAACUUGGGCACCUUUUCAAAAGCAAAAAAGAAUAAGCCCGCAUUUGAUUUACCAAGUGUAUCAUACAUCGAGUUUACAAGAACGCCUUUAGGACGUCUCUCGGGUGUUGUAAUCAAGCAAAAGAUACUGUCUAAACAACUAGAGACAAUGGCUAGUAUGUUGAAUUCGCGCAGAAAACCAAACUGGACGACAGGAGACAUAAAGAGAUCGUAUAAGAACAAAAGAUCAAGCUCGCGAUUCACCGUACUGAGUAGUUUAGAUCCUACGCGAUCCACCGGACUCAUAUUUGGGGUACUUUUCAAUAUCUACACCGGAAACCUUCUUAUGACUGUUGACGACCGUUUGCUCCAACAAACUGGGCAUUAUGAGAACAUAAUCAAUAAGCAUAGGGUAAACAUUUUACUCAACGAUCAACUGCAACUAAAACAAGUUGUAAUCAACUAUCUGGACAAUCCAUCAUUGGUGACCUCAAAGAAGAAUAAGAUAGAUAUGGGAUGCGUCAAGUGGUGCUUAACUUCCUGUACAAAUAUUGACACGGAGGUGACUGAUAUGAUUGUACAUAAAUGGCUAAAAAAUCUUGGUUGUCUGGAUGCUUCCCAAUGCUAUUCCCCAAUGCUUACGCUUCUAGAUUUUGGAGGAGUGUUUAUCUCGCUCAAGGAUCAUCUCGGGCACUUAGAAAAUUUUCCUGUGCACGAUCCCAAGUUGCGCUUGCAAGAUGAACUCUUUAUUGACAAGGAGCAAUUGAAGGAAAAUAUAGUCAAACCCAGCAUCACUGCCAUGAUCAACUCUUCGAGCUCUACAAAAGACUAUUUGAGACUUGCAUGCUUCGGGUUUCCUAUACCCGAUGCUACUGUUUGUAUCGUAAAUCCGGACGACAGCACUCUUGUUCCCGAUCUUACAAUUGGCGAACUUUGGAUCUCGUCGGCUAGUUUAACGGAUGAAUUUUACCAGAUGGAUAAGAUAAAUGAAUUUGUGUUUAAUGCACGUUUGAACUUUAAAAAGAUGUUGGAAGUUUCACAAUGGGCAGCAAUGGACUCUCAGGUCGGAUUACCACGGCCAUCAGAACGUUUGAAUAUGAUAAUGGAAAUAUGUUCACCGACCAAGACCUAUAUCAGAACCAAGUUGAUGGGGUUCGUUCAUAACGGAAAGAUAUUUGUUCUUUCGCUAAUUGAAGACAUGUUUCUUCAAAAUAAGCUGAUAAGGUUACCAAACUGGUCACACACAUCGGACGUGACACGAGCUAAAAACGCAGAACAAGAACAAGCUAACGAAGAGUCCGGAGUUCAGAGCUCCUUGACCUCGAAAAGAGUUGUACAGACUUUUUAUUUGCAGCACGUAACCGAAAAUGUUGUAAGAAUGGUUGACAGGGCUUCAGAGGUGUCAGUCUUCGAACUGCCUCAGAACAAAGAAGAGCAUUUUUUGGUUAUGGCCAUUGAAAGUUCGUUGGCCUCAAAUGCCGCAAUUGCAACGUCAACUAAUUCAAUUCUCCCUAAUGCUCAACAGAAAGAGCAACAGGAAAAGAGAAUGACAGUCGUUGUCGAACAGAUAUACAAAAUUUUAUGGAUUUUCCACAGAAUUCAGCCAAUUUGCAUAAUGUUAGUUUCUCCAGGAUCCCUGCCUCGGAGGUAUUGUUCAUUGGAGAUUGCAAACAGUACCGUGGAGAAAAAAUUUCUUAGUGGGCUCUUAAACUCGAAAUUUGUUAAGUUUCAGCUCGAUAAUGUCAUUCUCGACUUCAUCCCACAUUCGUCGUUUGUUAACGAAAGUAUCUUUUCUGAGCACUUAUCCAAACUAAGACACGAGGCUAUUGCUCAAGAUACGGCUUACUUAACUGGUAGUUCCCCUGCACUUACCUGGCAAACCUCUGGGAUAGAUUAUCGCGAAAGAUCGUUAGAUUAUAGGACAGGAACUGAUCUGGCCCCGUUCCCGAAUAUUUUAGAAAUACUUGAAUGGAGAGUGCGUAAACACGGCGAUGAGAUAGCAUUUAAUGAUGGAAAAGCAAUGACCCCAAGCUCCGCAACAAACUCCGGGGGGCUUCACUCUAAAGUUUCCUGGAAAACCUUUUCGUCAUUUGUUGGCUGCUUCGUCAAGAAGAUCAUACAAUCGAAAACUCCUCUGAAAAGCGGCGAUCAUGUCAUUAUAUUAUGUGGAAAUUCUGUCGAAUACGUUGCUAUGGUACUCGCUUGCUUCUACUGCAAUUUGGUUGUCAUACCCAUGGCUCCACUGGUGGAGUCUCAUGCUACUGAAGAGGUAGAUUUCCUAUUGAGCGUAACUGUAAACUACAAGGUCAAGAGAGUUUUUGUUGAUUCAAGUAUGCUGGCCAUCUUGGAAGACGGAACUUGCAUUAGUAAAGCGGUAAGACGCUUCAAACAUUUACUUCCAAAAAUUACUAACUUUUCUAAGAUCAAGAAGAAGGCAGACGUUUCCUUUAGUACGCUGAAGAGUUUGUUAAAAGAUAAAAAUGGACAGGUUACUGUGAGCUCUCAAGUCUGCGUUGUGUGGAUUGACCGUAGGUGCGAUAGUCAAAGGGAAAUCAAUGUGGUGAUGACGCAUAAAGUCUUACUCCACAUGUGUAAAAUAUUCAAAGAAACAUUGCAAUUAACUGCCGACCACCCCUUACUCUCCAUGUACACGCAUACGACUGGGCUGGGAUUCAUACAAAGUUGCUUGUUGGGCAUUUAUGUGGGCACGACGACGCUGCUCUAUAAUUCCGACGAGGUGAUCUCAGAUCCUACCAGUUUUUUGUUGGCGUUACAAAACUUGAGCAUUAAAGAUUUGAUUCUAAGUCCUGAAAUCCUUUAUUCUGUUCUAGACUAUGCCAAUAAACUGAUUCAGAACGGAAAAUCAAUGGGUCCUGGCAAAUUCACUUCAAGAUCGGUUGCAUCUGCCGUCGGUCCUGAUUUUUUUAAAAGGGUCCAGAAUAUUAUGAUACCUUCGAGAGGACGACCAAGGACUACUGCAAUUGAAAAUACUUUGAACAAGUUCCCCUCAAUUUCAAUUAACCCUACUCAGUUAAGUUACGUUUAUCAACACAUGUUCAACCCUUUGAUCUCCCUACGUUCUUAUCUCGGAAUUGCACCAGUAGAUACGUAUCUGGAUCCAACAGCACUGAGAGAAGGAAUGAUCAAGGAAGUGGAUCCCAACACUGCAUCGCAUGCAGAACUCAGUCAAUGUCUAGUGUUACAGGACUCAGGUGUGGUUCCGGUUUGCACAGACUUAUCAGUUGUCAAUCCAGAGACUCUUGAGCCUUGUUACGAAAAUGAGAUAGGCGAGCUGUGGUGCUGCUCCGAAGGAAACGCAUACGAUUACAAUAUUAGCAGCAUAACUGCUGCAGAGAAACUGCUGGAUCUGUCUCACACAAAGAGCUCGAAGAGCUCUUUGAAGAAACAUCCAUUCAUCUCAGCUCAGUUUAAGUCCAAAAUUCGUGGUAACACAGACAAUGGACUUUCAUAUCUGAGAACCGGAGAUUUGGGGUUUAUCAAAAGUAUAAGGUGCACAGACUCAAGGGACAAUGUCCUCACCCUUUCCCUAUUGUACGUGUUGGGGAGCAUUAAUGAGACUAUAGAGAUAUUGGGCCUAACGCAUUUCGUCAUCGAUCUCGAGACCACCAUUAAAAACGCACACCCCUGUGUUUACAACUGUAUGGUGGCCAAAGUAGGAGGUUUAGUAAGCUGUCUGGUGGAAUGUCGUAGCCCGAGAACGUAUGAGUACUCCAAUCUAACGCCUUUAAUUGUAGCUGCUCUAUUAGAGAAGAAUGGUGUUGUUCUCGAUCUCUGCUCCUAUGUUAAGGCCAAAUCUGUCGAUUAUAUUACGAAAAGCUGGCAAAACAACCGCAUGACACUAUUGUCGGACUGGGUUCGCGGCAAGCUGGCGAUCGAGGCCCAGUUCGGAAUCAAUUACGGCGAGAACAAUGCUAUCUACCUCUUGUCGGACUUCGACAAUAGAGUAUGA